GGCACACAAAAUUGAUGGCUGACAAUGAAGUGGUUUCUUCCUUAGAUAGGAUGGUGCCGAUGCAAAACCUUACAGAUCAACUGGCUCUCCACGUUACGUUGACGUUUGCACAAUCUCUCGAUGCAAAAAUUGCCGGUCGCGACGGGAAGCAACUCAUACUGAGCUGCAAAGAAAGUAUGAUUAUGACUCAUAGACUGCGAUCAAGGCACGACGCAAUUCUCGUUGGUAUCGGGACUGCCCUAAACGAUAAUCCGCAACUAAACACUCGUCUACUUGCACCGGAUGAUGGAGGUCAGGCUGUGCCGCUUCCAGUCAUCUUGGACUCGAACCUUCGAUUUCAACUUGAUUCAAAAUUGGUGAAUAACUACAAGAUCGGCAAGGGAAGGCAGCCCAUAGUAUUCACAGCCUUCGAUCACUUGGGCACUGAUGCGCAGUUUGAGGAAAGGCGUAGGCGCCUUGAAGCUGAGGGUGUAAAAGUUAUUCCUAUUAACUCCCUAGAUGGCAAACUUAAUCUAGGUUCACUCCUAGAUGAACUUCAGAAGAUCGGGAUUCGUUCCCUAAUGGUGGAGGGUGGAGCCACUGUAAUAUCAUCAUUUCUGCAAUCCGGCCUAGUCCACAGCCUCAUUGUUACCGUGUGUCCAACUAUUGUUGGCGACGAAGGUAUCGCAUAUGAUGUGAAAGGAGAGGUCAAAGGCCUUACUUUUCUUCAGACGCAGCUCGUGGGGAGAGACGCAGUUAUGGUGUGGAGUUUGCCUAAACGAGUCACCCUGGAUUAGUAGGAACACGUAUGCGCAACGCAAUUAAAACAGGCGAAAAACUUGCUGCGAUCUACUGUGCGAGAUGUCGGAUAAGAUUUGUUCUGCUAGUGGACACGCAAGACUAGUAUACACGCAAGCGUCCAGGGCGCGCAUUGGGUAUUUCCCAUGGGGGUUCCUUGGUGCACAGGGAGAUUGAAACUCUUCUGUCCUCAGGAUUAUAAUGACACAUUGCAUGUUAUACCCGAAAUUAAACGCGAC